GCCUGGGCUAUUUCACCCGUGACCUAAAGGCCGCCGCCAGGUGGGCGGACCUGCCUCGGGGCCGUCCGUGCUCGAUGAGCGCUCACGGCCCGGGGCGCUCUAGACGUGGCGGGGGUGCAUGACCUCGGGGACCUGGCCCCGGCCGGCUGGCCGCGCGCUCCUGCGACCCGGCGAAGGGCCGGCCCGGCGCGCAGCGGACAUGUUGCCUGUGUCGGACCAAGUGUGUGGGGCCAGGUGGGUGGAGGGGCCAGGCGGGCGGAGGGGCCAAAAUGGCCUCUGCACCUUGCGGCUGCAGCAGCGGCUCCAAGACCCUCCGGUCCCAGGUGAAGCGACUGAGCUGGAGGAGAAGCCGGGGCAUCCCUGGGCCGGGUAGCCUGCCCACCCGGGAGGUGACCCGGGGCAGGCAGGAGGCAGCUUUCCAGGUUACUGUGUGGCCCUCACGCACUACAGAUUGGCUGAUCUCGAGAGCUACGGGGCGUUGCCCAUCCUGAAGAUCAGGUGACCGCUGACAUCAGCCAUGUCAUCCAGGCCUUUUGAAAGUCCACCUCCUUAUAGGCCUGAUGAAUUCAAACCCAAUCAUUAUGCACCCAGCAACGACAUAUAUGGUGGAGAGACGCCCAUUCGACCAAUGCUUUCUCAGCCAGCGUAUUCUUUCUACCCAGAAGAUGAAAUUCUCCACUUUUACAAAUGGACCUCUCCUCCAGGAGUGAUUCGGAUUCUGUCUAUGCUCGUUAUCGUGAUGUGCAUUGCUAUCUUUGCCUGUGUUGCCUCCACGCUUGCCUGGGACCGAGGCUAUGGAACCUUAAUGGGAGGUGGUUUGGGCUACCCUUAUGCCGGCAGUGGCUUUGGUGGCUAUGGAAGUAGCUAUGGCUAUGGUUAUGGCUACGGUUAUGGCUAUGGAGGAGGCUAUACAGAUCCACGAGCAGCAAAGGGAUUCUUCCUGGCCAUGGCUGCCUUCUGCUUCAUUGCUGCAUUGGUGAUAUUUGUGACCAGCGUUAUAAGAUCUGAAAUAUCUAGAACAAGAAGGUAUUAUUUGACUGUGAUAAUAAUGAGUGCUAUCCUGGGUGUGAUGGUGUUCAUUGCCACGAUUGUCUACAUAAUGGGCGUCAACCCAACAGCCCAGGCGUCAGGGUCUCUCUACAGUUCACAAAUAUAUGCCCUCUGCAACCAGUUUUAUACGACUGCGGUGACUGGACUCUAUGUGGAUCAAUAUUUAUAUCACUACUGCGUGGUGGAUCCCCAGGAGGCCAUUGCCAUUGUACUAGGGUUCAUGGUUAUUGUGGCUUUUGCCUUAAUGAUUUUCUUUGCUGUGAAAACUCGAAGCAAGAUGUACCACUAUGACAAGUCAAAUAUUUUGUGGGACAAGGAACGUAUUUAUGAUGAGCAGCCCCCCAAUGUGGAAGAGUGGGUUAAAAACGUGUCGGCAGGCACCCAAGACAUGCCUCCUCCCCUUUCGGACUAUGCGGAGAGAGUGGACAGCCCCAUGGCCUACUCCUCCAACGGGAAAGUGAACGAGAAGCGGCCAUAUCCAGAGUCUUCGUAUAAAUCAACACCGGUGCCGGAAGUGGUUCAGGAGCUUCCACUCAUGUCCCCCGUGGAGGACCUCAGGCAGCCUCAUUACAGCAGCAGUGGUAACUUGGAGGCGUCUUUAAAACGGGCUCCCGCAAAGGGCAGAGCAGGAAAGUCUAGGAGAUCAGAGCAAGACCAUUACGAGACAGACUACACGACGGGCGGCGAGUCCUGCGACGAGCUGGAGGAAGACUGGAUCAGGGAAUAUCCACCCAUCACUUCAGAUCAACAAAGGCAACUCUACAAGAGAAAUUUUGACAGUGGCCUGCAGGAGUAUAAGAGCUUACAAGCAGAACUUGAUGAGAUCAAUAAAGAGCUCUCUCGACUGGAUAAAGAGCUGGAUGAUUAUAGAGAAGAAAGUGAAGAGUACAUGGCUGCUGCUGAUGAAUACAAUAGACUGAAGCAAGUUAAGGGAUCUGCGGAUUACAAAAGUAAGAGGAAUUAUUGCAAGCAGUUGAAGAGCAAAUUGUCACACAUCAAGAAGAUGGUUGGAGAUUAUGAUCGAAGGAAAACAUAGGAGGCAGAGGCCACCUUGUUUGAGCGAUUAAGAAGUAUCUGAUCUGACAUCUCUGCAGUGUUGUCAGGAGUCAAAAUGACGCUGGACUCUGACCAGGAGGCCAAACCUUUGUGGUCAUUACAGAGAUUUGGUAGCUUUAAUAUCAUCAGUAUUGAAGCAUUUUAUAAAUAGCUUUUGAUAAUCAACUGGUCUGAACACUCCAAGGAAGGAUUUUUGUUUGUCUGUUUUGUUUGUUUUUUAGGGCUGCCCCCAUGCCAUAUGGAAGUUCCCAGGCUAGGGGUCUAAACUGAGCUACAGCUGCUGGCCUAUGCCACAGCCACAGCAAUGCCAGAUCCUUCAACCCACUGAGCAGGGCCACGGAUUGAACCUGCAUCCUCAUGGAUGCUAGUCGGGUUCGUUUCCACUGAGCCACAAGGGGAACUCCCAAGAAAGGAUUUUAUGCUUUAAACAUUGGUUCUUGUGUUAAGAACUCACUGUUGUUCAAAGUUUUUAAAUCUUUAGGGACGGUCCGGGAGUGAACUGUGAACUUUGACACUCUCGGCAAUCAGGUCCUAAUACCUAAAUGUGCUCUUUGGGUCUCGUAGGGGAUAGUUCACUGCCCCCAGAAUUCGCCCUUCCGAUAACUGUUCUCUCUCAUCAUUUCUCUUCAGAUAAGGAAAUUGGGCCCCUGCAAUAAAGUCUCUGAAGUGAAACUGCUUGUUUUCUAGCUUGCAGUUUUGGUUAAGUCUGUUUUAUGACUGCAUGGAUAAAGUCCCUGGCCUUUUCAUGUUUCAGCUACUGCAGAUAGUGCAUUCCACCAGGCCUCCUAUUAAUUUUUUUUCUGUGUAUAAAUGCUUAAGAGCUUUGUAUUUCAUGUUAUCCUGGUAAUAAAGAUCACGUAAAAGUAA